AUGAUAAUAGAGGGAGGCGAAAACUUCCCGGUCCGGGCAAGGGGGGGACGGAGAGCGCUCGUCGAUAGCCGAGGGUGCACGGAGGGGACCGGCGUCAGCAGUCACAGGAGCAGUCAGUCCGUGGGCAUCGCUGCCGAGCCCGGGGCGCGCGGGCAAAGCUUCCCCGGCAGUCCGGACUCCGCCGCCGCGCUCGUUUUUUGCGCGCGAAGUCGACGCUCCGGGCGGCUUGGCCGCUGGCACACUCCCUCACCCAACUUUGCCCCGGGAUGGCAGCAAAGUAAGCGCUCCUCCGGCGGCGGCGGCACCAGCACCACCCCCACCAUGCGGGCCAACGGGAGUGGGCCGCGCAACGGCUCGGAGCCGCAGGACCAGCUCACCUUGGACCGCCCCGCUUGGGUGGCCACCACCUUGGCCGCCGUGCUCAUCUUCACCAUCGUGGUAGAUAUCCUGGGCAACUUGCUGGUCAUCCUGUCCGUGUACAGGAACAAGAAGCUGAGGAACGCUGAUGUCUUUAGAACUACUUCUGGCUAUUGUCGGGAAAAUGGAGUUCUGAAGAAGUAUCCGGAUCAUUACAAGCAGGAUUCUUCCUGUAGAAGACCACCUACUAACACGUGAACUCAAGAUGAGAAUGGAAGCGGAUGACAAUGAACAUUUGUAUUUCAGGCUUGUCUAACAUCUGGUAGCUUAACUGGUAAGCGUAUUGUGUGUGUUGUGGGGGCCCUUUAUCUGAGACUGCAAUCCUAUAUCUGUUUUCUUGGGAAUAAGCCCCAGUGAAUUCAGUGGGAAUUAUUUCUUAGCAGACAUGUAUAGGAUUGU